GUUGCUGCAGAGUCCAUGCGCAAAGCUGGCACUACAUCAUCUAACUAUUCUUGCGUAGUCCAUGCACAAACAUGUACAGGCAGACUUUUCUUAAGUGCUGUAGUUUCUCUGAGUGUGCGCUGCGCGUCGGACGCACGUCCCAGUUUUGGCACUGAGGAUACAGUGUGUAGGAACCCAGCGCGUCCUCCACUCUCCUCUAACCUCUCCACAGCGAGACGCACGACUCCAAAGGAUGCUUCACCAUAUGUUUCUCUCAACCGCAGAGUUUGGGUUUUGGAUGUAGGCGAUCCAUCGGGCGCACACAGAGUUCUGGAUUUAGAUGCUUGGCUGGCGGUAAGAAGACAUUGCGGGUGAUGGUAAAGCGCGUCUUGCGCGCUGCCUCUCGUUUCCUCGAUCUUUCCUCGGGACAGGGCAUUUGGCGAAGGGAAAUGUGAAGAACGCUUAAAGAAUGGCAUGUCAACAUGGUUUCUGCCAAGAAGGAGAUGGUGACUGCGAUGUACCCCACUUCUAUUUCCACUCUCCUCUACUUUCUCUGUGUGGCGGCUUGCAUAAAGAGAAUAUCUGGACAGAUCAAAAAGGAUGAGAAAUUAUACCCAGCAAAUUUCACGCGCAUUCUUGACCGACUCCUGGAUGGAUACGACAACAGACUCCGACCUGGAUUUGGGGGUCCAGUGACAGAAGUGAAGACAGAUAUUUACGUUACAAGUUUUGGCCCCGUGUCCGACGUUGAAAUGGAGUACACCAUGGACGUGUUUUUCCGCCAGACGUGGGUCGACAGGCGUUUACAGUACGAAGGUCCGGUGGAGAUACUCCGGCUAAAUAACCUCAUGGUGACCAAAGUCUGGACCCCUGACACCUUCUUCAGGAACGGAAAAAGAUCUGUGGCUCACAACAUGACGGCGCCCAACAGGCUUUUCCGAAUCAUGAAGAACGGAACGAUCCUUUACACGAUGAGGUUGACAAUAAGUGCAGAAUGCCCCAUGAGGUUGGUUGACUUCCCGAUGGAUGGCCACUCCUGCCCGCUGAAAUUCGGCAGCUAUGCCUAUCCAAUGACUGAGGUGAUCUACACCUGGACCAAAGGUCCACAGCAUUCUGUGGAGGUUCCACCCGAGUCAUCCAGCUUGGUCCAAUACGACCUGAUCGGACAGACUGUGUCGAGUGAAACCGUAAAAUCCAUCACAGGUGAAUAUGUUGUGAUGACGGUCUACUUCCACUUGAAACGAAAGAUGGGCUACUUCAUGAUUCAGACGUACAUCCCCUGCAUCAUGACUGUAAUCCUUUCCCAAGUGUCUUUCUGGAUAAAUAAGGAAUCCGUACCCGCCAGAACUGUCUUUGGAAUCACCACCGUCCUCACCAUGACGACCCUGAGCAUCAGCGCACGCCACUCUCUGCCCAAAGUCUCCUACGCCACGGCUAUGGAUUGGUUCAUCGCUGUGUGUUUCGCGUUUGUGUUCUCGGCCCUUAUAGAGUUCGCCGCUGUGAACUAUUUCACCAACGCACAGAUGGAGAGAGCAAAGAGAAAGCAGGCCAAAGCUGCUGCUGCGGCUAACGCUAAAACUUCAGGGAAAGCUAAAGACACAGAUGAAGUUGUGCAGCAGCCAAAUUCAGACACAAACGGAAACCUACGAAAACGCGUGAACUCACAGCCCGAGGGCAAAAAAAGCCAAAGGACCGAAGCAUCCAGCAAGACCGGAACAGCGUCAUCCAAACCGACCCUGACCAGCCAAUCAUCUUCCACCUCAGAGGGUGCCAGCAGUUUCUCCAGCCAAUCACGUCUCAGCCCCAGUUCUGCCAGUCAAUCGAACGCAGCCACUUUAUCUGCACCCUCCAAGAACACACCCCCAGCUCCGCCUUCAACGCCGACAGUUCCCGACAACCCAUCCCCUGGCACGACUCCCGGCACCGCCACUCUUCACCAUCUUCUCGGUCCUAAAUUAGAGAACAUUAAAAAGAAGGAAGUCAAAGCCCCGCCCCCCACACAACCAGCGCCUCCUGCUACCGGAGGAGCGAGCAAGAUCGACGAAUACGCCCGAAUUUUAUUCCCAGUAUCCUUUGGGGCGUUCAACAUGGUAUACUGGGUGGUUUACUUAUCCAGAGACACCAUGGAGGCCAAAGGAGGCUAACAUGGACACGUUUGUUUGUACUGUUUUUCUACAGCUCGUGAAGAAACAAAAGAUUCCUCUAAGGAUUAAAUCAGCCAUUGUUCCCAGAAAUGAAAUCAUAUUAUGGCAACAAAAAAAACUGGACAGACAGUAAGCGCCUCAUGAGAUUAUGGGUGAAGUAAAAUCCAAACCUUUUUCCUUGAUUGUCAAAACGGGACCAUACACAAGAUUAAGCAUGUGGAUAUAUAAGUUAAAAUAAGUCAUUUAAAAAGCAAUCUCACGGGAAUGAAUCAUAGGUGUAUCUGUUGUCUGUUUAAAUAGCCAUAUUUCUGGUCUGACCUAAUUAUCGCCGGACAAAGUGAAAGGGGAACGUUUAGUAAAUCAAUUCCAGGGCCAUUUAGUCUAUUUUUAUAUAGAGACACUUUUCAUUCAUUCAGAGACUCGCUAUGGAUAAGUUUUCUGAAACAUCACAAAUAUCAGCUCACCCUGUGGAUGAAGAAUAAAUCCUCUCCAGGCGCUGUGACACAAACUCGUUCAUUUUAAACAACAUCUGACAUCUAUUCCUCGUUCUCAUUUGGAGAGAACCGGCCUUUAGAAGAUCGAUUGGCGUAAACACGUAUGCAUGAAGAAUUUUCUUAUAAGUCGUAAAAGCACAAGUAAUGAUUUACUCUCUGUUUUUUGAAGUUUAAUAGCUUGUUUUUUAGCUCAUUUUGAUUUGUUUCAUGUAAUAGCUUAUACAUUCUGCUAUUAAGAAGAAAGCUUGACACGGGGAAGACGUUUAACUGUAUGAAACGCACAGUAAGUGUGUACGGGACCCUGGAGACUGCUGUCGUGGCAACCGCACAGGGUCCAGAUGGUUCUAGAGUCAAUUAGAACAGCACGAGGGGUUAAGGAGACAUCUGGGGUUGUCACACAAGUUGUCUACCAAUCCUCACAGGGCUGUAAACUGGAUCUUAACAUCGAUUGGUUGAGGUCUUCAGUGUCCACUGAACAUUUGUAACGCUACAAAAGUUACACUAAAUCAAUUGUAAAGAAUAGUUCAGCCAAAAACUGAAAAUUCUGUCAUUGCAUACUUGUCACAUUACACAAUGUAAAAAAAUGCAGCAAACAAACAACUUAGUUUUCCAAGUCAAUUCAACCUACGAUUUUAAGUUUUGGCUUGUAAAAAGUUGACUUAACUUAUAAAAUCAAGUUCAAAUUGUUUACCUUCAUUUUUUAACUUAAUUUGACAAAAAUGCAUAUUUUUUACAGUGCAAACCAGUUCAACUUAAAAGUUUACACUGUAAUGAUGGACUGACAUUGCAAAAAAAGAUUUUCAAGAAAAAAAUCUUAGUAUUUUUGUCUUGUUUUCAGUAAAAAUAUCUAAAAAAUUUCUUAAAUUAAGAUGCUUUUUCUUGAUAAGCAAAAGGACCUAAGAAAAUAAGUCUUGUUUUUAGACAAAAAAUAUCAAAUGUAAGUGAUUUUGUGCAUAAAACAAGCAAAAAAAUCUGCCAAUGGAGUAAGCAAAAGCUUGACCUUUUUUCUUAAACAAUAAAUUCAAGAAAAAUUCUUGGUCUAAAUAUUAGACGUACUUUCUUAUGUUAGUUGCUCAUCAAGAAAAAGCAUCUUAAUUUAAGAAUUUUUAGAUAUUUUUACUGAAAACAAGACAAAAAUACUAAGAUAUUUUUUUCUUGAAAAUCAUUUUUUGCAGUGUAAAGUGUGUGUAUUGUGUGUAAAGAAAUGAACUGCAAAAAAUGACUUUCUUACUUAGUAUUUUUGUCGUGUUUUAAGAGAAAUAUCUAAACAUUCUUAAAUCAAGAUGUAUUUUCUUGAUGAGCAAAAUGACGUAAGAAAACAAGUCUAGUUUUUAGACAAAAAAAUCUAAUUUAAGUGAAUUUGUGCAUAAAACAAGCAAAAAAAAUUAAA